CAUGUAUUUAAGCGAAGCGUUGUUGACGAACGAUAAAUAUAGGCUUGUCGUUCGUGCAGCAAGACACCAUGGCGACAACUCAUCAGCCGGGGUCCUCAAUGAAGGACCUGGGGUGGAUGGAAUCCCCAGGCAAAAUCUCCGGGUUGCCCAGCGGACUGGAGUAUCUGGCCGAGAUAGACCAACUCCUGAUCCACCAGCAGAUUGAGAUCUUCGAGGCGCUGACCAACAUAGACACCAAGAACCGCUACGCCGUCCGCAACACCAUGGGACAGCAGGUGUACUUCGUGCACGAGGAAUCCGAUUUCUGGAUGAGGAUUUGCUGUCAGAGUGAGAGAGGCUAUCUCCUGCACAUCGUCGACAACUUUGGUCAGGAGGUGAUUCGGGUUGAGCGUCCGUUCAAGUGGUGCGCUGGCUGUUGUUGGUUCGCUAAUGCUGACUGCUGCGCGUGGGAGGUGAACGUGGAGUCCCCGCCCGGAAACAUCAUAGGUCGCGUCAGACAGAAUCAGUCGCCAUGGAAACCGUACUUUGACAUCAUUGACGCAAGCGGCAACAGCGUGCUGAAGAUCCGUGGGCCGUGCUGCGCAUGUCAAGAAAUCUGCUGCCGUUCGGAUGUGGAAUUCAACGUGCUUUCGGCUGACGAAGGGAGCGAGGUCGGCAAGAUCAGCAAGCAGUGGGGUGGACUGGUCAGAGAAUGGAUGACAGCGGCAGACAACUUCGGCGUCUCCUUUCCAAGAGAUAUGGAUGCGAAGGUCAAGGCAUUGAUGCUUGCCGCUGCGUUUUUGGUUGACUACAUGUACUUCGAGAUGGAUUACCACGUAAGCUAGAUGCCUCCAUUGAAGACCGAAGUGUGACCUAUGUCACUAUCGACUCCUGCACUUUCAUGGGUUGGACUAAACAUAUUUAGUAUGUUUCCUGUAUACCGAACAUAUUACAAGUCAUGAGCCAUACCAUUAAUCAAAUGGCUGACAGUUGUCACUUGGCAGUGAGUC